UUGCUAUCUGCUUCCAUAAUACAGUUUAGAGAAAAGUAUAAAAUAAAUAUAAAAGAAAGAAUAUAUGAAAAUACAAGUACAAGAAAUAAUAGAGGUAUAAUGGAAAGGUAGAAUCAAUCGGUUUUAUAUAAUUUUAAUUAUGAUUUUGAUUUUACGAUUUUAAUUAUGAUUUAAUUAUGAUUUGAUUAUUUUCGUUUUGCAAUGCAAUUUUGUGCAAAAAAGGAUGUAAUCUAAAAUAAAAAAAGUAAUCUUAUAUAAUUUAAUUACGGUUACAAUGAAUAAUUUUAAUAAACAAUAUUAAUAAAUAUUUUUAAUAUAAUAGGGUAUUUCGAAAACGGCAUACCAUUACAAUUUGUCGCUGCCAUGAUGUCAAGCGUAAUUACAUGUUUUGUUUCGAUUCCGAUGGACGUAGCUAAAACUAGAAUUCAAAACUGGAGACAACCUACAAAACCCCCUAAUAUCAUGGCUAUGAUUGUUAAUAUUGCUAAAACUGAAAGUAUAAUAUCGUUAUGGCGUGGUUUUCUUCCGUAUUAUUCCAGAGCAGCGCCCAAUGCUGUAAUUACCAUGGUGUGCGUUGAUCAAUUUCAUCGAAUGUAUUUGAAAUUUUUCCCGGUGACGUAAUAACGAAACUUACUUGUGUCAGUAUAAAUUAUUUUUUUUAAUUACGCGAUAUAAUUUGAAUAAAAUCUAAAAU